GUGAAGCAUUCAUAUAGUCAGUCAGUCCCGCAGUGAUGCUGAUCACAGGUUGAUCCUGCUCAGAACGGACAAGGACUGACAGCUGAUCCAUUAGUGCAACAUCCUCGGAGAAAGGAGACUGGCGUGCCCCUUACCUCUCGAGAGGACUGCAGGAAGUGAGAGCAAACAUGCCACAGAGGAGAGGAACAACAAAAUCCAUCUUCCUGUCUUCAAUUUUAGUGUGCUGUAUGCUUGCAAGUGCAGAGUAUUCCAGCUGUGGAGAGUAUGAGUUCUUAAACCAGACCAGUAACAGCUGUCAGGCAUGCCCACAGUGCCAGCCAGGACAGGAACCACACAUGACCUGUGGCUAUGGUGUGAAGGAUGAGGACUUCUCCUGUGUACCAUGUCCACAUGGGAAGUACUCCAAAGGCAAAUACGAGAUCUGCAGACGACACAAAGACUGUGACGCUCUCUACAAAGCCACAGUGCGUGCCGUGGGAACGCCAGACAGUGAUGCAGAGUGCGGACCUUGUUUACCAGGGUACUACAUGCUGGAGAACAGACCGAGAAACCUCUAUGGGAUGGUUUGUCACUCCUGCCAGAAUGCACCACCCAACACCAAAGAAUGCAUGCAGACUAAUGGGCCAGUACAAAAACCUCAAGUCGAUCCAGGCAGCACAACCGUGUUCCCCCAUCUCCAAAAAGAUCCAACAGGACAAAGUCACCUAGCAUCGGCUCUCAUUAUCGCCAUGUCAACCAUCUUUGUCAUGGCUAUUGCAAUUGUUCUCAUCAUUAUGUUUUACAUCCUGAAGGCCAAGUCAAGUGGGCAGGCAUGUUGCAGUGGACAAGUGAAAUCAGUUGAAGCUCAGACCAGCAAACAAGAGGACAAGAAAGACAUCCCUGAUAAGGUGGUGAUCUACUCAGAAAAAGAUGAGUUUGACAAACUUCAGGCCUCACCUCAGAUGCCAGUUAAAAGUGAAAACGAUGCCUCGUCAGAAAAUGAGCAGUUGCUGAGCCGCAGCAUCGACAGCGACGAGGAGGCGACAUUGGAGAAGCAGGGCUCCGCAGAGACAAACAAUCUGACCCCCAAUUCGGGCCUCAUCAAUUUGGGUAACAAGCCAGACCUCUGCCUGCUCACUGUGGGAGUCCUGGACACCGAUCACGCAUGCAACGGGACCGCCAACCUUGCCGCUAGCCCCAAGAGCAACCUCCCCAGUCCUAGCCACAUGGGCAGUGUCAACCACAUCCCCAGCGCUAACCACAUCAGCAAUGUGACCGCAAUCAACAAUAGCAAUAAAAACCCAGGGAUGUUACAGAGUCGCAGGAAAAAGAUCCUGGAUCUGUAUGCUAAAGUGUGCAAUGUGACAGAGGGGCUGAGCCCCACAGAGCUUCCCUUCGACUGCCUGGAGAAAGCCAGCCGCAUGCUGAGCUCCUCCUACAGCAGCGAGGCCGCCGUGGUCAAGACAUGGAGGCACCUGGCUGAGAGCUUUGGCCUGAAGCGCGAUGAAAUCGGUGGCAUGAGCGACGGCUUGCAACUCUUUGAGAGGGUGAGCACCGCAGGAUACAGCAUCCCUGACCUGCUCACCCGCCUGGUGCAGAUCGAGAGGCUGGACGCUGUCGAGUCACUGUGCUCGGACGUUCUGGGAGGCAAUGACAUGGCGAGUGCGGGUGGCCGGCAGGGCAUCAGCAGUUUCCAUAGCCAACUGGUGUGCCCGUCACCAUGCCAGCCCCCCUCGCAACGCUGCGCUAGUGUCUAAAAACACGAGAAGCAGAAACUCUUAAAGUUGAAAUCUGCCUUAAUGGAAGAUGCAUACAGUGACUAGACUGUACCCUCCCUCAUCACAUGAAGAACGUUGGUGGACCUCAGUGGAUAAGUCAAGAAGAUGCACAUUAAACAUUGUAAUUAAUAUUGGCUACAGAAUUUGAGAAAAAGAGUUUGUUUUUUAUUGCCAGUAGGCUUCUGUACAGAUGGUUUCACAUCUGUUAGAAUUUGAACUUUAUGGAAAAACGUAGCGACAAAAUCAUUGAAUUAAUCAGGACAAAGCUGUAGUUUCUCUGAAUUUAAAAAUGUUUUACAUUUCCUACAGAUGCAUGCUUCCAAUUUUGUAGAAAAACUUUGUAGAAGGCCCUUUUCUAUGUGGAAAACCUUAAAAGUUAAGAGUCUUGAUCCCAACUCCAUCAAACACCUUUGAGGUGAACAAGAAUAGAUAUUCCUCCUAUUAAUUUUGUUGUCAACGUUUCAAUCAAUUAGUAGUAGUAGUAGUAGUAGGAGAGUACGCUAUAUAGCUUUCCUGGAUGUGGAAAGCAUGUACAAUGCACACUCAAAUGUAACUUUUUGUACAGGAAGGGUUCACCGACUCAUAUGUACACGUUUGUACAUUUGCACAUGUAGUCAUAGAUUUACAGACAUUUCACACAUGUGCCUUUACAGCUCCACACACACGGAGCAAACAUCAGUCUUACACCAACGACUUCCUCUUCAGCAACCUUGUAUGUGACCCCAACCCAACCUCCAUACCCCUCAUAACUUUUCCUUCCCUUUUUACCUCAAUGCUGCCGCCAGAUUUAACUACUGGGUGUGUAACUCCCCAGGGCCCCUAAUAGUUUAAAGUGUUGUGGUUUAUAUAGUGGGUGCAAAGUGCCUGUGAUUUCCACCACCCAAUUAAGCAUUUAGGGCCAUUUAACCAAUGAAAGUCCAGUGGAAAAGUCGUAAAAAUAUGUAGCCACAGCAGGGGCAUGACUAACUGGUCAAUCCAGCUGACAUGGACAAAUGGGGGUGGAAUUUAAUACUACAACAGCAAGAACACAACUCAAAAGACAAUGCUUGAUUUUAUUCCUUUAUCAUCAGCAUCAGAAUCAUGUCAGUGAAUCAAAAGCACAAGUUUAAGACUCACUCCACUUUGUAACUUUUUUUAUUUUAUAUUUUACAUUGUAAUAGCUGGGGCUGGACUCUGUCAUUCUAGCAUGAAUUCAUAUAUUUUUUACAGCAAUAAAUAAAAACCUCAAACUAUUAAAUAUAGUGCCUUGUUCAAGCUAUGCCAUCUUUGUGAAAUCCACUUUGCUGUUUGCCGAAAUGUUCGUAAAUGAUCUAAUUGUUGGACUGAACUUAAGUGGUCCCCACAACUGUUUUUAGACGGGCAACAUCUUACUUGUUAUAGAGUAUAUCAGUCCUGAAGAGACACAGAACAUUAAUGGGAUACCUCAGUGGCACCAGCCAUGUAGCAGUGUCAUAGAACUUAUGGAAACAGACUCAAUUUCAUCACAGAACCUGUCUGAUUGUAUAUAUAACUUAUUAUUGUACAUAAUAUAUAUUUUAAUAAAAAAAGU